UGAAGAGGAGCUUGUGCGAAUCCGUCAGAAACGAAUGUGGAAUGUAGACAAACCUCUUGGCUUCAUAGCAAUGGCGUCCGAAGAAACAUGUUCACGAAGUGAGGACUUGCCAAGUACAGGAAAGAAGCAGAAACAGACGAUAGUAUGGAUGGACGGAUGUUUUGAUAUGGUUCACUUCGGCCAUGCCAAUGCAUUGCGACAGGGUAAACAGUUUGGCGAUGUGUUAAAGGUUGGCGUUCACUCAGAUGAGGAGAUUGCCAAGCAUAAAGGACCCCCGGUGUUUCAUGAACAGGAACGAUACAAGAUUGUGCGCGGCAUCAAGUGGGUGGAUGAGGUUAUUGAGAACGCCCCAUAUGUGACCACGCUGGAGACACUGAGUGAAUACGACUGUGAUUUCUGCGUUCAUGGAGAUGAUAUCACCACAACGGCAGAUGGCGAUGACACAUACCAGCUCGUCAAAGAUGCCAAGAAAUACAAGGAGUGCAAGCGAACAGAAGGAGUUUCAACCACAGACCUGGUCGGCAGGAUGUUGCUGGUAACAAAGACUCACCAUCAGCCUGACGAGGGAGAAGCUGUGGCAUCCUCCCAUGUUGGGACAAUCAGCUCUGAUAAUGCCAGUGACUCAUCCUCUCACAGUCCCUGGACUGGAGUGUCACAGUUCCUGCCCACAUCCAGGAAGAUCAUUCAGUUUGCUGGGGGCAAGGAACCGGCCCCUGGGGAUAAGAUUGUCUAUGUAUCUGGAGCCUAUGAUCUCUUCCAUGUCGGCCAUCUUGAUUUCCUGGAAAAAGCUGCAGCUGAGGGCAACUUCUUGAUUGUUGGACUCCACACAGACCCUAUUGUGAACAGAUACAAAGGGUCCAACUAUCCGAUAAUGAACCUACAUGAAAGGACUCUCAGUGUCCUGGCUUGCAAGUAUGUGUCGGAGGUUGUGAUAGGAGCACCCUUUGCUGUCACCAAGGAUCUCAUGAAUCAUUUCAAGGUCGACAUGGUGUGCCACGGGAUGACGCCCAUCAUGCCAGACAUCGAUGGAUCUGAUCCCUUCGCGGAACCUAAGAGGCAAGGAAAGUUUAAACUGAUAGAUAGCAAGAAUGAACUAACAACACAGAUGAUCAUUGAACGAAUCAUCAAACACAGGCUGGAGUAUGAGUCCCGCAACAAGAAGAAGGAAGAAAAGGAAAGAAAAAUCUAUGAACACAUAAAGAAUGCCAGUGGAUAAUGCACACAGACACAGUUCCCCCAGUCUUGCCUCUCACUGAUAUAUAGCAUAAUGAUCGUAUAUACUGCUCACCUUACAACCACUUGUCACAGAGGGAUAUCAAGGGUAUUACAUGGGUUCAGAACAGAUGUGUUCAUGAGAUGGCCAAUGAUUGUGUUCAAUAUUAUGUUUCACUGGUGAUUUUAUUCUAAACAGAUCUUGCAAAUACAUGAAUUUUCUAAGGAAUCAACUCUUAGUAUAGUUUCAAAGUUGUCCAUGGUUUAAUAUAUUCCAUAGAGUCAUCCCCGUGAUAUAUUAAAGAAUAAGACAGAGUACCGAUUUGAUAUUAGGAUAAGGCGUAGAUGUGGUUUCGCACAGGAGUGUCUUGAAGAUGUAAAUGUCAGUGAUUUCUGAAGACAAAAGAAUACUUUUGAAUCAAAUUCAAUGGAGAUUACUAGUAUUUAUGACUGUGAGAAAGCUGUUUAUGGAGAUUGCUAUGACAACCAAACAAAUAUGACAUUAUCUGCUACAAAUGAUGUUUCAGAAUAAUUGCUACUCAAUUUAAGUUGAAGAGCACACAGUAUUUUUCAUUCACAUGUUUAUGAUUUCUUUUCCAUCUAUUGUAAUCAUGUCAAAGCGCUUGGUGCUCUUUAACUUCACCAAUAUUCUUCACAUAAUUAUAAUUUAUUACCAUGGCAAUGCCAGAUCAACUAUGUAAAUGAUCAACAUGAUCAAUCAUGUAAAAGAAUUGGGUGUUGUGUAACUUAUUUUGAGUAGCAUAUUUUCACACCGAAAUGACUAGAAGCAUCCAUCUGUAAUGUUUCACACAAUAGUCAGCAUCAACUACGAUAAACAAACCACUAGCCAGACAGAGCUACAGAGGGCUGCAUGACACAAUAGCUUGAAGGGCCGGUGGGGUAGCCUAGUGGUUAAAGCGUUCGAUCGUCACGCUGAAGAACCAGGUUCGAUUCCCCACAUAGGUACAAUGUGUGAAGCCUAUUUCUGGUGUCCCCCGCCGUGAUAUUGCUGGAAUAAUGCUAAAAGCGGCGUAAAACCCAACUCACUCACUCACUCAGUAGCUUGAAAACCUCAUUACUGUCCUCAACUCCUGACAAUGAUAGUAGAUCUUGCAGCUCAAGUUGUUGUCCGAUACAGUGUAAUGUUUACCUCGCAUGUCGGGGCCAAUUUAAUGUAUGUUUCCUACUCAAAUGGGUAAAAUGUCACCUGAUUGUUUCAUAUCACUAAAGUUUGGUUGCCAUGACGUAUGAACUAUAGUCAUAUGAUGAAAAUAUCAAGUGUGCUUUAACUUGUGGGCUUGUAGCAUAUUUAUGAAAAGACAGACAAUUAGAUAUUCUGUGCAUGAAGGAUUUUGUUUAAUACAUAUUUGUCAGAAAAUGUUGAAAAUGGAUUUUUGCCUUAGGUAGCAAAUUGUUUGAUGGACAUGCUAAACGUUUUGAGAAAUACAGUUUGGUCAGCUUAUUUCAAUAACAGUCCUACCAUACUUCAGAGAUACCAAUGUUUUCAGACAGAUAUAGUGGGUUUGUGGUAAGCUGAUGAGCCUAGAUUUACCUCUGUUGAACCUCAACAGUAGCAAAAGAUGAAACAAAAUAUACCCCACAACUUACGUCAGUGGGAUGGACUGUCCAUGGUAUAGGAUGUACAUAUCUACACAGGUUCAGUCAUCAUUGUUGCCAUUGUUAAAAAGAAAUUGUAAAUAGCUAAUUGUUUUACGCAAUUUCCUUCUAUCAGCCCUGCCAGUGUGUUACAAGGACCAACAUUGGCUGUAUAAUAGUGUUGACAGAGAUCAGUUAAGAAAGUAUUUUCACUGUGUAUAUCAUAUCUGUCUUUACCUAUGUUUUUGUCUUGCAAGUGAUCCACUUGAUGUAUGUUAAUAAUAAGCAGAUUUUUACGUUAUUUGCCUCAUAAUAUUUUAUGAAUAGUUCUAUUAUUACGUACAUCAUGUGUGAAGAAUGUCAAUAACCCCAGAUAACAUAUGUGAUGUUUUAGAUCUUAUCUUGUAUUUUAAGGUUGUCUGUGGUGUCUUUUAUCAAACAAUUAGAAAAUUGUGAAAAUAAAAAAUGAAAUAUUA